UAAAAAACGACAAAUGUUAAAUGUUUUCAUCAGAUUUUGAAAAUAAUAUCUUUGGCACAGAAAAAAAAUUAUCCUCGGUGCCAGCUGCCAGUCGUGUCUGCUGUAUUUUCCUCAUUUUGGUCGUAAUUUUUGGAGCGCCGUUUACAUCGCCAUCUUCAUCGCCAUCUCCGCUGCUGUUGCCUGUGUUGUCUUCGUGGUCGUGGUCGUCGCCUUUCAUUGUCAUUGUCAAUAGGCCACGCCAACUACUCAUAGACAUAACAGCUGAUUGCAGCUACGUUCGCCAUAACUGACACUUCGCGCAGCGAAAUCUCAACUUUCUCCGGCGCUUGCAUAAGACGCACCCCUUAUCAACCAAAAACACUCAUACAUUUACUUUACCCAACUAGUAUGCUCUCUUCGUUUCUUUGUUUGGGUAUGUGCGUAGAAAAAAUCGCUAAACAGCUGUAACUUAUUUAUUACUCGUACUACGGCUCUCUCGACGAUUGCGAGCUUGCGAAUGUUGUUUGAGAGGCCGCAAAAUCCUGUGAGUAUGUCUCAGGUAAUGCCUUUGGCCAGUAGUCAGUGCAGUGACUCUUUCGUGUAGUACGUCUCUGCAUGUGGGUGGCAUAGGCCACUAGGUCAGUGAAUCACUAACGGUCUUAAACGUGCACGCGUGUGCGUUUACAUGUCAGUGUGUAUGAAAAUACUCUCGCGUUUCAUAAGUGUUUAGAACGAUUUACGCUCGCAUUCCUUGGACGUGUGAGUGCAAUCUGGUUCUCUAACCACAUUUCCUUAACUAAAUGGAUGCAACAAUGCCAACGACGACAAUAAUGACAACAACUUGCUGUCAACCAAUGCAACAAAGCAUACAAAAAUGCAAAGGCAUCAACAACACCGCCAGCAACAACGCUGGUUUAAUACUAUCGAAGAAUAACAACUCCAAUAAUUGCUUUAUAGCAACAAAUAUAAAAAGCAAAACAAAUAACAAACUGCAACAACCGACUGCAGCGACCGAAUACUAUCCCACGAAAACAACAACAGCUUCAACUGUGGAAUUAUACAAUAAAACCACGUUCGAAACCACAGGAACAGUGGAAGCAACAAAUUCGAACACGAUUUCAUUUCUUCCCACAUCGACAGAAAUCAGCAAGAAUACUGGCAACAUAUAUACCAACGACAGAAACGAUUGCGAAAGGCCCAGCGCAGCCGCUGCCCCAGCUGUUACAGCUGCGGCCGCUGCUGUUGCUGCCACCGCUAUUGCUCCUGCUUCACCAGUUCCUGCUGUUAGUGGCGAUAACACCGCCACCGUCACAGCCACUACUACUGCCGUCUCUGCUACCGCAACCACCUCACGUGCCGCCCGAAUCAAUCGUGUCAGCCGCGUCACCCACGUAAACGCCACAGCCACGAGCGACGCCGACAUAAAAUACGUUACCGACGUCGACACAGACGACGCAGAAGCCGUAAGUUCGCUCAUUGUACCUCGUUGCUCGUGCUACGAGGUGAGCCCCAACGCGCAAGCGAACUUCAUAUACGUCGCGGAUACGGACACGGAAGCAGGCGUUAGAGGGAGGGCGACUGCGACUGCAACUGCCGCUGGUUACGGCUACAGCAGUAAUCGUCGCCCUGUGUGCACGGACAAUAAUAUGAGGAGUGGCAGUUCAGAAUUAUUACUCGAGCAGCAACAACAAGAAUUACGGUUACGUAAAAAACGAGAACUGGCUCCAAAAAAGAAAAAUGGCAACCGGCGCUUUCGUUCGUGGCGCGAGCGGGCAAGUUUCUACGGCACGUCAACACUUGCCUUCUUCUCGGUGACGGCUGGAGCUUCGCUCCUGUUCCUGGUGCCGCUUUAUGUCGAUCCGGCAAUAUCGACACUAAGCCAUGACUUCAUCGAUAGCCCGACCCUAUGCACAACUACGCGGCGCGAAGAUCUAAUCGGUAUAUUUAAUUGUUCCUGGAGUUCGUGUCGUGAAGGUUGCACUUCUGAUCUCUAUCGUUGCGUGCAUAUUUAUGUGACGUUUAUCGAACAAAAUAUUACGAUACCCGAGAACAUGACCGAUUUCACAAACUUCACAGCCGAGUGGGAGCAGUCGGAGGAAGCCACACUGCUAGUGAAUAUAAAGGGGUGUGGCUAUCCGCCAACGGUGACAUGUAAAACGUUCAAUGCCUUCUAUGGUGUCGAAGGUGCGAUAUUUCCAUGCUAUUAUUCGCGUAAGAAUAAAACGGUCGUGCUGACGUCGUACAACCAUGACGAUCAGGUAGCGGUAAUCAUACAUUUCUUUGCGGUGCCAUUUGUGAUAACAGUGAUCUCGUCAGUCGCCCUCUGCAUUAUGCACUGCGAUUGUCGGUGUAAAAAGGAUCGCAGCCAUCGAAGGAGUCGGCCACAUAGUCGGCGACCGCGUAUCGAAAACCUUAGGUGAGUGUAUUUAAUGCAAACGUAUAUAAAUAAAAUGUUAUU